AUGAUACCAAUGAAAUUUGUACAGUAUCCGAUUAAUCGUGGAUUGAUUAAUAAAGGUCAAGCUGUAAUUUAUGGACGAACAGUUUGGCCUCUAUCAGAUGUGCAUCAUACAUGUCGAUUUGCUUUUGAAGAUGGUAUUGUGAAUAAUAAUAAUUAA